UGAGGGUGAAAUUGAAAUAAAUUUCCACAGACGCCUUACUUGGGGCUCAUUCUUUGCUCAUCAGCUGCUGGUUUUCGCUUUGGCAUCAAAAAUACUUGAUCACCUAUGUUAUGGGUGACCACACCAAGAUACAUAUCACUCCAGCAAGACCAUCGGUACGAAACCCCUUUGAGAGUCCCAAUGACUACCGCCACUUGCGGGAACCCUUGGUGCCGAGUCCAUCUGCGUUCCAGUCCAAAACUUGUAAAGCUACUCCCCCCAAGUUUAACUGGUCUAUUGAAGAAAUGGCCAGUCUGCUCCCAGUGGACAUAGACCAAGAAGAAAUCCAGAGACAAUCAUUUUACCUCAGCCAGACAAGGGCAGACUCCGACACAGAGGAAAAGCGCCAGACUGCUAUAGAACAGUUUUUUACCAAAGAAGCCAUUGUGCCCUCCCCGUGGGCGGUGUCAGACACCCGGAAAGCCCUUCACGUGUAUAAAAAAAGCUCUCUGUCUCCGGCAAUCGCAGAGGAGCCAGAAAAACACUCAGUUUCCUGUCAGACAAGCCUCUCAAUACCUGUGGCCUUUGAUUUGGAGAGGCUUCUAGGGGAGUACUACCGUAAUGAGGAAGUAGCAUGCGAUGCGGUCCAGGAAAGCCUCAGCUCCUCCUCUUUAAGACGCAAGCUCUUCCUGGAUGGCCAAGGCGCUUCCAGUGGCUCCGAUAACUCCGGUCCGCCAACCCCAGAGAGAGGUCUUUCCCCGGAAGGACGGCCGCCAUUGAAGCAAGAUGAGGACGCUGCACACAACUUUGAGGGAGCUACUUCACCCAACUUUUCCUCUCCUUUGUCUUGCGCUAUGACAGCCCCCACUCCUUCUACGGGUCAGUUCUCCUCCAGUCCCAUCCAGCAGGGUCGCUUCCGGGACUGCAGCCUCGGCAGCAUCACAAGCCCUCUCUUCCCCGAUAGGUCGUCCCCUGCUGGCAUGGGCUCCCCUACCGUUUCGCCUAUUCUUGCACAUACAGCUUGCACACCCUCGGGCUCAGCCGAGUGGAAGCGAGUGUGCAGUUUAACUCCAUGCAGCGUUCCCGUGGACAUGGACACCCCCUCCUGCGCCACGAGUCCAUAUGUGGAGGGCUGCUCUCCCAUUCGAGGCUGUUCUCCGCACCAGCCCCACUCUGACCCCCGGCAACAACGUGCCAAAUCCAAGCCCAGGGCCAGCUUCCGUUGCUGGGCCUCCCCUCCCCUCAUCUCGCCCAUCCUCAACCCCAGGCUACCUGACAACAAUGAGGUAGAGGACCUGACGCACUCUUCCUCAUCUAUUCUUUCCAUCGAUCUAGAUCAAUCCUCCCCUCUGAAUCGGAACCAUCGCUCUCAUGAGAGGCUCAGCUUGGGGUUUAUAGAGGCUGAGAAAACAGAGGAAAUGACGAUGGAGAGAAAACUUGAAGAGUAUGAAGAGGCGGACAAUGGCGUCCUCUCAGGACAGCUGACAAGUUCUCGAAUGGGCAACGUCUCCGCCACAGAAAGCUCUCAGAUGUUUGUGUCUCUUCUGGUGGACGGAAGUAGCAUACGUUACGAUUCCAGCAUGCAGGUGGACAGCGGAUACAACACUACCUCAGCAGGCGCCAGCAGUCUGGUCUAUGGCCUCGGCUCAGACUCUCACGGCAAGGAGUCCUUCAGCUCCAACCUCCCAGAAGAUGCCUUCCACCUCAACAGGCCCUCAAAAAUAAAGGCGUGGCAUCCUCAUCACUAAACUGUCCGACGCACGGGAAGGAACGCCACUACUUGCAGCUUUUUUAAAUGAGUUGUCUCCACUGGUAGGAGUCUUUCAUUGGGGCAUUAAAUACGCUUCCAUUCGUGCUUAUGUCUUCAGAGAGGUUAAAGUUCAAUGUCCUUUUGCUGUACCCACUGUGUUGGUGAUGGCACUUCAAGGGAUAAUCACUUUUUGGUCACCACUUUACAAUAAGGUACACAAACAUACAGUAGUCACUGAGGAACUAAUGACGAAGGCACAUCAAUUUGGACUAGUUACUAAGGACCGAAUGAGGAACUAAUGAGUGGUGGUUAGGGUUAGGUAGGUUCGUUCCUCAUUUACUAGUGUCAUUUUAUGUACCUUUUAUUGUAAAGUGUUACCCACUUUAUCUUUUCAUGUGAGUGAGGCUCAGUGAUGAUGAUCAUCACACUUGUACUGUAUGGUUUUUAUAGAAAAUUAUGGAUUUUUAUAUAUUUAACUUUUUUUUUUCUUUGACUGUCAAUCAGAACUGUGAAGAUUCAGGUGGCUUGUACAUUUUAAAUGUGUUCCCCCAUCACCCAAAAUAAGACUUUUUAAAGAGUGCCAUUAAUGAUUGUUGCUGGAUCAUUAAAUGAACACAAUUGUUUUUAGCUGCUUGAGAACAUGCUUUUUCCUCACUCCGGUAAUAGUUCGUGGAGUUUGGUUUCAUGUCUCUGUACUUAGACACUUGAAUAUCCUCCAUAUUGUGGCUCAUAGAGCCAUUUCAACAUACUGUAUGUAGUACCUGUAUAUGAUGUGAAGCAGUGGUCCACAACCUUUUUGGACCCACGGCCAGGCUCGUGUUCCCACAAAUCUCCGCGGACCGGGGUGGUGGUGGGGGUCGUAUAGCAUUUAUUGUGUAAAACUAAGACCGGAACAACAUCAAAUAAAAAGCACAAAGUAAAUACACACCCACCAUCCACCACUAUAAGCUUGGAG